UACCGGCGCAGUGUAAAAAAAAAAGAAAAAUGGCGGCGUUCAUAAGAUGUAGGUUAUUGAAUAAUAAUAAUUUAAUAUUUUCCAGUAUUAAAGAUGUUCGAUUAAAAAAUGUCUUACAACAAUUUCGUUAUUGUACAAAAUAUAAAGAAAAUGACGAUAAAAGUGUUGAAAUUUUAUUAUCUGACAAGAAAAAAAUGACGAUAUCAACGGGAAAAUAUGCACGUUUUGCCGAUGGAUGCGCCGUUGUAAAUGCAGGCAAUACAGACGUUCUUGUCACAGCUGUUAGUAAAACAUAUACAUCAAAUUUACAACAAUCAUUUAUGCCAUUAACUGUUGAUUAUCGUCAAAAAGCCGCAGCCGCUGGUCAUAUUCCAACAAAUUUUUUACGCCGCGAACUAGGACCAAGUGAACAUGAAAUACUUACAAGUCGAUUAAUUGAUCGUUCAAUACGUCCAUUAUUUCCCAUUGGUUAUAAUUAUGAAACGCAAAUAAUUUGCAAUAUGUUGUCAAUUGAUGGAAUUAAUGAUCCCGAUGUAUUGGCAAUAAAUGGCGCAUCAGCUGCACUUGCACUCUCCGAUAUACCAUGGAAUGGUCCAGUUGGUGCUGUACGCAUUGGUUUUAUUGAUAAUGAAAUUAUUUUAAAUCCAACACGACGUGAAUUAGAUGGAAGUAUUUUAAAUUUAAUUGUCGCUGCAACAAAAAAUAAUCUUGUUGUAAUGCUCGAGGGUUUUGCUGAUAAUAUAUUUGAUCAAGAUUUAAGAAAAGCAAUUAAAAUUGGUGUGACAAAAUGUCAAAGUAUUAUUGAAUCAAUUGAUGAAUUAAAGAAAAAAUAUGGUAAAAAGAAACGUGCUUUUGAAAUUGUUUUAAAGAAUUAUGAUGAACUUUAUAAUUCGGUGAAAUUUUUAGCUGAAUUAAAAUUACGUGAAACAUUUAUUGAUUCGAAACAUGAUAAAAUAUCAAGGGACAAUGCUGUUAAUGAUAUACGUCAACAGACACUUGAUAAUAUGAAAAAGAGUUAUGAAAAUUUAGAUCUCACAUUAGUGACGGAGAUUUUUAAUAAAAUAGCAAGAAAUAUUUUUCGUGAAUUAAUAUUCGAGACUAAUAAAAGAUGUGAUGGACGAGAUUUGGAAGGUAUUAGGAAUAUUAAUUGUGAAGUGGAUCUUUAUAAAGUUCUUCAUGGUUCCGCUCUUUUUCAGCGAGGACAAACUCAAGUUUUUUGUACAGCGACACUUGAUUCAUUGGAAAGCGCAAUGAAAAUGGACAUAAUUUCAUCUAUGACAAGUGGAAUAAAGAAGAAGAAUUUCUUUCUUCAUUAUGAAUUUCCUCCAUUCGCCACUAAUGAAACAGGAAGAACGGGAACUGGACGACGAGAAUUGGGACAUGGUGCUUUAGCCGAAAAAGCUUUACGUCCAGUUAUUCCAAAUGAUUUUCCAUUUACAAUUCGAUUGACGAGCGAAGUUUUCGAAUCGAACGGAUCAUCAUCAAUGGCCACCGUUUGUGGAGGAUCAAUGGCGUUAAUGGAUGCUGGCGUUCCAAUUGAUUCAUCAGUUGCCGGCGUUGCCAUUGGCCUAGUAACUAAAUAUAAUAAGAGCAAAACUGAAAUCGAAGAUUAUCGUAUACUCACCGAUAUUUUAGGUAUAGAGGAUUAUUUAGGCGAUAUGGAUUUUAAAAUAGCAGGUACAAAAAAUGGUUACACGGCAUUACAAGCUGAUAUCAAAAUUCCGGGAUUACCAUUGAAAAUUGUCAUGGAGGCAUUGACUCAAGCAAUAAGGGCAAAAACGAAAAUACGCUUGAAAAUGCAUGAGGCAAUUCAACAACCGAGAACAAUUCAAAAGGACAAUAUGCCAGUGACACAAGUUCUUGAAGUUUCAAUUCAUCAACGUGGCAAACUUUUUGGUAUUGCUGGAAAAAAUGUGAAAAAAAUUUACUUCGACACAGGCGUACAGGUAAAUUCACAAGACGAGACGCAUUACACUUUAUUUGCACCAAAUCAAUUGGCAAUGGAUGAGGCAAAUGAAAUGAUUCGCGAUUUAUUGGAACAGGAACGUGAGCCAAUAUUGGAAUUUGGUGGUAUUUAUACGGCAAAAAUUGUUGAACUUCGUGAAAUGGGUGUUAUGGUGAAACUUUUUGAUAGUAUGAUGCCAACAUUAUUGCAUAAUUCACAAUUGGAUUUGCGUUUUAUUCGUCAUCCAAGUGCACUUGGCUAUGAGGUGGGACAGGAAAUUCAAGUUAAAUAUUUUGGUAGGGAUCCAGUUUCAGGUGAAAUGAGAUUAUCGCGAAAAGUUUUACUUCCAUCGUCGUCGGUUGUUCGUUCAUUAUCUUAAUGUUUGCAUUUUCCUAGGGUUUUAUAAAAAAAAAAGAUUCGGUUUUCCUUUUUUGACAUAGCAAAAAUAAUUUGCUUCGAAAGAAAAUUAAAUUUAAUUUUAGAAAGAGAAAAUUGGAUUUAAUUUUUAAAUUUCAAUGAAUUCAAUUUUAAAUUGAGUUUUAUUUUUUAAAAUUGAAUAAUUAUUAAUUUCCAAUCGCAGUGUAUAUUGUAAAUAUUGUCACGUUAGAUGUGAAUAAAAUGUAAUAACGUUUAGUUGUAAAUAUUGAAAAUUUAUAACUAAAAUAUUGUUAUUUUUUAUUUAAAAAAAAAAUAUAAUAUAUGGAGAGAGGAGAUUUUUUUUUUAUUAAUGUACAAAGUACUCGCAUUUUAUAUGUAAAAUAGUAAUUAGAUAGUUUUUCCAAUUUUUCAAUGGAAAUUUUGAUGAAGUGAACAUAAAAUUAUAGAAAAGUGUACAUUUAUACUUGUUUUGUUAAAUUUUUAAAUAAAAAUUGAAAUUUUCUAGAUAAA